AUGUCUCAACCAUCAUUUACGACAACCGAAAAGACCUUCAGCUCUUAUAAUCAAGAGCAAGGAAAGGCUUACGCGGCCGCCCGCCCAGACUAUCACCAUGCCCUGUACCAAUUUAUUAUUGAUCAACACACUGCCACAAAGGGUCAGCUUCACACUCUACUAGAUGUUGGUACUGGUCCAGGCAAUGUGGCUCGCUCGCUCGGCGUCCACUUCGCUCAUGUCGUUGGGUUGGAUCCAUCCGAGGGGAUGGUCAGCACUGCUCGCUCCCUGGGCGGCACCACCUCUACGUCUGAACCCAUCCGCUUUGAAUUGUCUACAGCCGAAGACCUGGGAACAAAUAUCCCUCAGCCCGUCCAGGACGCAAGUGUUGACCUAAUCACGGCCGGAAAUGCGGCGCAUUGGUUUGACAUGCCUCAAUUCUGGUCAACUGCUGCACGGGUGCUCAAGCCCGGUGGCAGUGUGAUCUUGUGGACCAGCGGCCGGACGGGUAUUCACCCCUCAGUCCCCAAUUCAGCCGCCAUGCAAGCUGAGAUGGAUCGUAUUGAGGAAGAGUAUCUAGUGCCAUUCUUCGUUCCAGGGAAUUGGCUUACUCGCAACCGAUACAGUGAUCUGCCGCUUCCUUGGACCUUGGAGACUCCCAUCGCGGGAUUUGACGAGGCGACAUCCAGCCGAAAAGAUUGGGGUAUGGAGACCGAUUUCUAUUCUAUCAAUCCCGAAGUGAACUUGGACUUUUUCGAGAAGAUUAUUGCGACUGGUAGUCCUGUGACUCGAUGGCGCCAGGCUCAUCCCGAAACCAUUGGUACCGAACGUGACGUUCUUAAGAUUUAUCGGAGGGCUAUUGAGCGCCUACUGCACGAGGCCGGGGUGGAGAAAGGAAAGGAAAUGGUGAAGGGUGCCACACAUGGUGUUGUUCUUAUUGUGAAGAAGAAGAUAUGA